AAUAGUGGUGAACUGUUAGUCAGAGAGAGGAGACGGCCAGAGAAAGAAAGAGCGAGAGUGUACGUGAUGAGAGAUUUUAAGACAGCCGUGUUAUUAUUUGAGAGAGAGAGAGAGAGAGAGAGAGAGAGAGAGAGAUAUGCGAUAACAGCGUUUGCCCUGUUCACAUUUGACUCAGUUCUUCUCACGAGAGACAUGCAGAUACAACGACACGCCAGAAACUUCAGACAGUUCCUAAAGACCGAACUCUGAAGGUUGUUCAACCCUCCGUGGAACACUGAAUGAGACGUUCUGCAAGACGGGAAAACAGCAGAGAGGAGCCGUGAAUAGAUAGAGAUUUUUCGUGGGAAGGGCACCUGCCCUCCAGCUUAGUGUGAAGGACACGUAAUGGAAGAGUGAGAGGGUGAUACAAGGAAAGAGAAAUAGAGGAGAGAAUGAAGACAACCAGAAAACAAGUACUUCCUCACAGCAAGUGUCACUCAAAUUAGCUCAUCUCACCACAAGACAAGAUGAUUACCAGGAAUCUGCUCCUAUUGGUCUCCCUAUGUCUGUGGGAGGGGCUUAUGAGAGAAAGUUCAGCCACUAAGAUCGUCAGGAGAAGAGGGGUCGGCGGGGCUUACUUGCUGAAGUUAGGGGAGAACAGAGUAGCCGACCAAUGGGAUUCAAGUGUGGAUUCAAACGCGAUGCCAAUGGUGACUCAUAGAAACUUGAUUGGUCAUGACCAGGGGGUUGAUAGUGGCUCCAAAAUACCCCAGAAUCAUGCAGCCAUAACAGCUAAUAAGGAGAGGGAGACUUUUAAACCUAAUCCCGUGUUAGACUUGGAAGAAGACCCUGUCAAAAAAGGGGAGUCAACUCUGUCUGUGUCACUCAAUGAUAGGGAAGCCAUCCAGGAGAAAGGGCUUAGAAAGAGUAGGAACAGCACCAAAAACGCUGAAAAUCCCACCAAGACAGGGAGGAUGGAGAAAGUAUUCUUAGUCCACCACAGGCUAGACAUGCACUCCAAUAAAACCAGAUUCAAAUCCCUUCCCCGAUCCAGAGUCAGACCAGAUCUGAGCGUUCACACCACGGGGCUGCCAGGCAGAGGACUCACUAAGAAUUCAACAAGAAACUUAAACCCAACCGGCAGCUACGGUAUCCUGAAACUACUGUCAAAAGAGAACCUGGUGAGGAUUGUGAACUCACAGAUUCAGAGCAAGAACAGCCGAAGCAGAAAGAGAGAUUUGAUUGAUGUGGAUCGCAGCCAGUUGGAGGCCCUGAAAUUACCGAAGCAAGAUAUGGCUGUCACUCAAAACCAUUUCACAUUGGAUAACCAAACUGCUCUGCCACAUGUAAGCCCAGUCACAAAUCCUGAUUUCAAUCCAGAAGAGGCUGUUCACACUUUAAGUGUAGGCACUCCAGAUUCUGAUGUGGGAAAGGACAACUCUGAGAUGAGGGGUUCAGAUAGCACAGACACCUGGACGAACAAGCACAUCUCUCACCCUCUGUCACUGCCUAUGAAUGAGGUCAGUCUCAACAUUGAGAGGGAGGUGACCAACAGUCAGACUGACCCUCCAGCCACGACCAAGCAUCUCCCCUCAAACGUUCCUUCUCAGACAGAUGCUGGCCAUCCCUCAGUGUUCACCCUGCAGCCCCAGGGAAAGGGGACUCAAGGUUUCGAGGAGAGUCUUCUUCACACAGCCGGACCACGACUCAAGAUCCUGAGUCCAAGUGCCACUCAAGACCCUGUAGUUGGCGCUACAGAGUUCGUCAACAGCAGCCAUGUCCUCAAACUCCGCCCAGACCCAUACUGGGGGGUCGGCCAGGACAAGGCAGCCAGUGGGGUGAUGACAGUCGAGUCCGAGCCCGGUAAUGGCUGGGGCCUGGUGUUCCAAGAGGCGGAGUCAGAUGAGGAGGAGGAAGAGGGGCCUGGUCAGACGGAGGGGGAGGGGACUCGGUCCCGCAGCAGAAGGAGUUGGAUCUGGAACCAGUUCUUUGUAAUUGAGGAGUACAGCGGGCCGGAACCUGUGCUCAUCGGAAGGCUGCACACUGACAUGGACAGAGGUGAUGGACGCACCAAGUACUUGCUGCGUGGUGAGGGGGCGGGGUCGGUGUUUGUGAUUGACGAGAAGACAGGCAACAUCCAUGUCACCAAGCCCCUGGAUCGUGAGGAGAAGGACGAGUACCGCCUCAUCGCCACAGCAACCGACCGGCAGACCGACCGGGCCCUGGAGCCAUCAUCCACGUUCAUCAUCAGAGUACAGGACAUCAACGACAACCCCCCUCUGUUUGAGGAAGGGCCCUACAGCGCCACCGUGCCUGAGAUGGCCAACAUAGGUACUUCUAUAAUCCAGGUGACAGCGACAGAUGCUGAUGACCCAACCUAUGGGAACAGUGCCAGGCUAGUGUACACACUUGUGCAGGGACAGCAGUUCUUCUCUGUGGAUCCACAGACAGGUAUCCUGCGUACAGCAGUACCUGAUAUGGACAGAGAAACCCAGGACCAAUACCUGGUUGUCCUGCAGGCCAAGGACAUGGGGGGCCAUCUGGGAGGUCUCUCAGGGACCACUACUGUCACUGUCAGGCUGAGUGACGUCAAUGACAACCCUCCUCGCUUCACCCAGAGUAUGUGGUCCUUCUCCGUGUCAGAGCUGGCUGUUCUGGGGGCGGAGGUGGGCCGUAUCUCAGCAACAGAUGCUGACCUAGGCGACAACGCCAAGCUGGAAUAUACCGUCCUGGAAGGAGAGACGGGGGACACCUUCAACAUCAGCGGAACGAACCAAGAGGCUGUGAUUACCCUGAACAAGGCUGUAGACUAUGAGAGUCGUAGCUCCUACUCCUUCUCCGUGGAGGUGUUGAACCCCAUGGUGGACUCUCGGUUCCUGCGCCGUGGGCCCUUCAAGGACCGCGCCUCCAUCAGGGUGGCUGUGCUGGACGCUGACGAGCCGCCUCGUUUCUCCCGGGCGCACUACCGGAUGGACGUGUCCGAGAACUGCCCUCCCGCCUGCACUGUGGGACGGGUUAGUGCUGUGGACCCUGAUACUGGACUCACCAACAACAUCAGAUUCUCUAUUGAUCCCCAGUCAGAUCAGGAAGCUCUGUUUCGUAUCACCGCAGACAGCGGCCUCAUCACCACGGUAAUGGAGCUGGACCGUGAGCGCGAGCAGUGGCACAACAUCACCGUCAUCGCCAUGCAGAGAGACAACCCCAGCCAGGUGUCCAGAGUGGUGGUUGCCAUAGAGACGCUGGACCUGAAUGACAAUGCGCCCGAGCUGGACAGACAGUACACAGCAGCCAUGUGUGACUCAUCAGCCACUGGACAGGUGGUGCAGGUGUUGCGGGCCAUUGAUCGAGAUGAGGGAGGGAAUGACAGUGCUGUAUAUUUCAACAUCCCUCCAGAGUCCAGCUUCGCCCUCAACUUCAGCAUUAGGGACAGUGGAGGCCCCAGUGCCACCCUGUUGCUCCUGUCGCCCCUGCAGCCCCUCUCCCGCUCCUCCUCCUCCUCCCUCACGCUACACGUUCCCCUGGUGUUAAGGGAUGGGACGUCUGGCCUGACCUCCACCGGGACAGUCACUGUGUCCAUCUGCCCCUGCCUGAGAGGAGGGGCCCGGGCUGGGGAGAAAGAGAGACAAGAGAGGCAGACGGAGGGAGACUGGGAGUGGGAGAGAGAGACGGUGUGUGUCCCACAGCAGUCUACCUCCCCCUCCCCUGGGCUCAGCACUGCCGCCCUGCUGGCCAUCUUGGCCUGUGUCGCCACUCUGCUGGCAGUCAGUGCCCUGUCCCUGUCCCUGCGUCGUCAGAAGCGGGACUCUCUGUCUCCCCUGGAGGAGGACGAUGUUAGGGAGAACAUCAUCACCUACGAUGACGAGGGAGGAGGCGAGGCCGACACGGCCGCCUUUGACAUCGCUGCGCUCCAGAGCGCCCCCCACAGCUCACGCAGGGGAUACCGCACUCUGGACAGCAGAAACAUACGCUACUCCCAGCACGUCCAGGACAAGGCCCGUGCAUACAACUGGGCCCAGAACCCAGCCCUGGACCCGGCCUGCUCCGGCCCUGGUGGGCCCCUGUACGGCCGCCUCUGCUACAGCAGCCACACCCUGCCAGUUCUCCGACGUACUCCAGGGGGCCAGUUUGAGCCGGGCUUGGCUGAGCUGGCCUACCGCUUCCCUGGGGGCCACCCAGACCACUCUCUUGUCAUCCAGAAUCAGGGGGCUAUGGUAGGGGCCCUGGAGCCAGGGGCCGUGUACGUAGGACCAGCUGAAAUGAGCAGCAGAGAGAGUAGAGACGGAACAGGCCCACAGAGCGGGGUUAGCACCUCAGAUGGAGGGACGCCACGGACCAAUAACAGCCAGGAGAGGGGUGGAGGGGGAGGAGCUAUGAGCAACUGUACAGAGAACAGUAGUGAGCAGCAGAGCCACAGUCAGGACUCGGUGGACUGGGUCCAGUCUGAGACCCUCCCCCGAGAGAGAGAGACCACCCUGGUCCUGACCCGCUCCGGCUCCAUGGCUGGCCAGAGUCACGGUGGCGCCUGGGUGUGUGAUUCAGCCACCCUGCCCAUGGCGGGUCGCAGGGCCUUCCACGCCAGCCUGUCCCCCAAACGCACUGGCUCUGGUUCAGCUGAACCAGAAUCCUCUGGUGGUGGAUGUGGUGGUGGAGGGCCUGGAACCAACUGCCCAGACGGCCAGUCUCAGCAGUCAGCCGCCCGCAACUACGCCAGCAUCCUGCAGGGGGAGGCAGAAGGACAGAGGCAGGAUUACCCCGGGAGCCUGGGGAGGGGAGGGCUAGAGAUGGGCAGCAACUUUGUGGUGGCCAGGCCGGACAGGGAGGGUGGAGGGAUAUCUCUGACCGGGACUUCUUGCGGGGGGAUGUACCCAGAAGGGUUCAUGACUGACUGGCAGGACAGGGUGGGUAUGGGGGCAUACGUUUUAGGAAGGAGGGAUAUGACCCCCCAGAUGCUGCCCUUCCCAGGGCAGGCCAGGGGCGCAUACGGGGGCAUCAUGGGGUACGGGGCAGGGUGGGUCCAAGGGAUGGAGGCGGGGAGAGGGGGUCCAGUACCAGGUGGUCACUCCUUGGCCCUCAGGGUGGGUGAGUUCCUCCGACUGCGUCUGGCUCAGGUCACCUUUGACCCCUCACAGCCGCCCUAUGAUUCAGUGCAGGUGUAUGGGCUGGAGGGUACAGGGUCACGUGCAGGUUCCCUCAGCUCACUGGAGAGUGAGGGAGAGAAGGAUGCAGAGAAGGAGACGUGGGGAGGAGGGCUGGAGGAGUGGGGUCCGCAGUUUCAGGAACUAGCCAAGCUGUUCCGAGAUAGGGAGAAAGAUAAAGUGGAGGAGAAGGAGGUAGAGAACAACAAAAAAGAGGAUGUAAAAGAGGAGGGGGAGAAAGAGGAACACUCUGGAGAUUGAGAGGAAGAAGGAAAAGGAGAGAGAAUGAAGGAGGGGUAAAAGGCAAGCAGAGCUAGAGUAGUAGGAGGAGAAGUUAAAGGAUUGAGAGAUGAAGAGGGAGAGUAAUAAAAAGAGACAGAGAAAAAUGAGCCCAGGGAAGGUGAGGGCAUGGGAGGGAAGGGGAGGGCAUGGGAGGGAAGGGGAGGGCAUGGGAGGGUAGGGAGUGAUUGAUGUAAUUUAAAGCAAUAAGUGUUGAAAUGUACGGAGACAAUGUGCAUGGUGUUUCUCCACUGAGCAGCAACAAUUUGUUAAUUGGUCUGGACAAAGAAAAACAACCUAAACAUCCAAGAAAGGAUUUCAAGCAAGACAAUACAUUCAACUAGGGUGCCACACAGAAGUGAUACAAUAUGAACAAGACAGAGAUGGAGAGGAAAGAGAGAGAGGAAAGAGAUCGAGAGAGAGAGAGUGAAACUAAGUGUACAGAAACUGUUGAAUUUAUUUGAACUGCAGAGGCAGAAAAGUUAAUAAUUCAACUCACUACUGAAAACUAUGAAUAAUUUAAAACCUUUAAAAAUAUUAUUUUCUCUCAAAAGCAUCACCGGAAAAUAGACAUUGUGAAAAAUGUAAAUGAUUUAGGGAUAUGAUCUUCCCUGGCUUAGCUGAGAGUUAUGUUGUUUACACACACACACACACACACAGACACACACACACACACACACACACACACACACACACACACACACACACACACACACACACACACACACACACACACACACACACACACACAUUCGUGUUAUCAGGCAUUAAUUGUUUAGUAAAUCACUAUUGGAGCCUAGUGGUUAGAGCGUUGGGCCAGUAACUGAAAGGUUGCUAGAUCGAAUCCCCGAGCUGACAAGGUAAAAAUCUGUCAUUCUGCCCCUGAACAAGGCAGUUAACCCACUGUUCCCUGGUAGGCCGUCAUUGAAAAUAAGAAUUUGUUCUUAACUGACUUACCUAGUUAAAUAAAGGUGAAAUAAAACUAAAGCAAAAGUAUUACAAGAUGUAUUGAUUCUAUGUAUAAAGUGAUGAAAAUACAUCUCUUCUAAGUCUGUAUGUAGGGAGGAGAGACAUUUGUAAAUGUUUUAUGCAAAACCUCGCCCUAUUAAAUCAACAUUUCUUGAGGACCAAGUCUGCAUGAUUUUAGCACAAUCUUAACCAAACGCCAACCAAUUCACACUCUGAACAUGUUUAACUGUCCAAUCCAUAACUUCCAUUUAUCAGUGAAGAGUUGUGUCAGAAUGGAAACCAGCAGACCCAGUGAACAGAAAUGACUGGGGUAGUGACUGGGGUAGUGACUGGGGUCGUGACUGGGGUCGUGACUGGGGUCGUGACUGGGGUAGUGACUGGGGUCGUGACUGGGGUCAAAGAUUUGAGAUCUGGAUGAAGAUGAGCUGGUUUUUCAGCUGGAAUGCACUUUUAUACUGUGUGACGUUCAAUACUAGACUAUGAAUAAUGUCAAAUAAUAAAGUUGGUGUCUAUGGGAAAUAACUCAUGUUCUACUCUAUGUAUAUGCAUUUGUAAAUAUCACCGAAUACAAUUGUUAAGAGAAGAUACUUGUGUAAAAAAAAUAAGUGUAAAAAACUGUCACGUUCAAACGGAGCACUUUUGGGACUAGACCUGACCUGGAUUAAUUUUAGAACGGACUUGACUUGACCUUAACUGGACAGCACCAUGUAUUUUACAUUAGGGCAGACCACUCUAUAGAGUCGUGUGCUAAACCCAGGUUCUCAUAGAAAAUCCAAGUAUUAAAUAAAAUACAUUAAUGCUCUGUCUUUAACCUGGCAAAAAGUGUUGUAGCCUACAGAACAUGCUCACUAGUUGUCCUCUUCAGCCAUGCAUCUGACUGCAACCUAAAGCCUUGCAUGCAAGGUUAUGUGAGGUAGAUUUCCAAGCCAGCAUUUCAGCGGUAGACCAGCAUUUAGAUGAAUUGCAUUUCAAUGGAACACCAUUGAACUGGACCAUGAAAACUCUCCUAUGCAGUGUUAUAUUCUCCAAUACAAUUGUCACAAUCCCUGAAUUGACUGGAGUUGUAAUGGAAAUGACCCCAAAGAAUAUAUUUAUAGCUAUUGCUCACGAAGAAUAUAUAUAUAGCUAUUGCUCACCCCAGAAAUGAAUGUGGAACAUUUUACGGGGACACAAAGCAGCCCACAGAGACUGCUGUCAGCUUGUACUUUAUGUACCAUCUCCAAAAGUUUUGCACUGUUAACUUAACAUUGGCUCAGGUUGUGACAAACCCCCUGGUGAAAAGAGAAAGUCUACACAAUCACCAUAGAGACCACACUCACUUCCCCAUACCUGAGCCACAAUCUCUACAGCCCUGACCCCAUUCACACUGUGUGAGGUCCUGUUGGAAUACUCUAAAAAAUACACCCUACCUUCAUUUACAUUGACAUUUUAGACAUUUAGCAGAGGCUCUUAUCCAGAGCGACCUACAGUAAUUAGUGCAUACAUUUUUCAUACCUUUUCGUAUUGUCGUCCAUUCCUAAGCGUGAUCUCUGAUUAGUCAAGGCUUUGAAAGGGAACCCUUACUUUCACCUUUUGAAAUUGUAUCAGAUCAGUGAUAAUUAAUUCAAGGAUGGGACGAAGAAAGGAUGCAUUUUGAAUGUAUUCAAACAGGGUCAAGGACUUGACCAGACCCUGCCAGGAACACUGUAGUAGUGCACAAUCACUGGAGGGGAGAGGGGAGCAGGACCCUGGGGGAACACAGGGUUUGACCAGAGUGACCAUGGUUUAGCUGGUCAAACCCCAGUCCUGAUAUAGCUAGCCUCCAUAGUAUUGUAUAGUCCAGACACCAUAGUAGAGGCUAUAAAAGUUAGCCAUAUCAGGGCUAGUCAAACCAGUGGAGGCUGCUGAGAGGACAGCUCAUAAUAUUGUCCUGAAUGGAGCGAAUGGAAUCAAACACAUAUUUUGGGGGUUUUCAUGUGUUUGAUACCAUUCUAUUCACUCCAUUCCAGCCAUUAUUAUGAGCUGUCCUCUCAGCAGCCUCCACCUGAGUCAAAACCCACUCAGGGAAUAACCACACACCUGUAAAACACCGUCAUUCGCUGUGCAGUAUGCUAUGUAGUUCACGCCUUGCCGGCGAAGUUGCAAAAUAAGUGUACACAUACAUGUUAUUCAAUCUUUUCCCCACACCGCUCGAGCAUGUGAAUGGGCUUCUGCGUAGCCAAGCGCUAAAAUAGAACCUGCUCCACGUGCUGCAACUACCAUCUUUAUUGGAUAUCAGGAUGACACAAACUCACGUGGUUUAUUGAAAGAUAUUAAUCAAAUAUAACUAAAACCUAACUAGGUUUCCCUUUUUAUCUGUGGAUUAAUCGUCGGUGUAGAGAAACACAUGAUUUGUAUAUGAUCUGGGUCAAAAUUUUACAAAGAACCAGCUAAAAAGGGAACCAUAUGCAUGAUCAGGUAAAAAUAACAACCCAAUGUUCAUCUCCCAGGAUAAAACUGCUAGCAACAGCUAUCUAGCUUAAUGUCCAUGACCGUCUCAUGUUUGUUUUGACCUGUCCCCAAGUUAAUAUAGUUGGUGAACAGUUGGUUUUUGUUAUUUUAACAUGCGUGUUAUGGUCGCAUCUGGUGGGGAUAUACAAAAUCAACAUGUGUACGAUGGCACACGCAGAAUCUGGCGCGUGGCCGGAGUAGUCAGCAUGUAAGUCAGAGUGAUGCUUCCGCUGAUUGAUCUAAAUCUGGAGAGGCCUUGGCUUGGAGUGCUGCUGUCACUAAACUACUUGAUUGAACUGAUUGUCACCUCCGGAGAAAAGGGAAGGAAACACCAAAUUGGUCCAAUCAAGGCAUGAUUAGUUGAAUCAGUCGCCUCCAGACGCAGCGGCACUCCAGGACCAGGGCUUACUAUUCCUGGUUAACUUUUUUAAUUUUUUUAUAUUCAGAGUCAGAGAGGAAAGUCAGAUUGUCAGGAGAUUUAUCAAGCUGUUUACCAAGACCAUUAAAUCAUAGUAAAAAUAUAGUGCAUUGUAACUGCAGGUCCUGACAUAGCUACAUGUAGUGUUUCAGGGGUGUGUGGUUUUACUCUGUGUGUGUUCUGGAGGGUGGAAGGUGAACUUUGAACCCCACCAGACAACCCCAGGUUUGUCUCCCUUUGGGUCUUCAUCGCUCCUGCACGAUGUUGAUAAAACUCCACGAUGGCGUGCUGAAUAAAGUGUAUUUAUUACUCUGUUGUAUUUUUCCUUUUCUUUUUUGUAAAUUUUAAUAAAAAAGGAUGUGUUUCAAAGCGA